AUGGAUUCGUUAAUAUUAAUAGUGAAUAAACUGCAAAAUGUUUUUAAUACCGUCGGAAGAGAUUCAUUACAACUUCCACAAAUAGUCGUUGUUGGAACUCAAAGUUCUGGUAAAAGUUCCGUAUUGGAAAGUUUAGUGGGAAAAUCAUUUUUACCCAAAGGAGUGGGAAUAGUUACGAGACAACCCUUAGUUUUGCAAUUAAUUAACAUUCCCGAAAGUGAGAAAACGCUCGUCGAAGAAUUUGGAGUUUUUCAUCAUAAAAAAAAUGUUAUUUUUAAAGAUUUCGAAGAAAUUCGAGAAGAAAUUGAAACGGAAACAAAAUUAAAAGCAGGAUGUAAUAAAGGAAUAUGCGAAGAUCCGAUUUUUCUCAGUAUUUAUUCGAAACACGUUGUUAAUUUAACUUUAAUCGAUUUGCCUGGUUUGACUAAAGUCCCGGUUGGGAAUCAGCCUCACGAUAUUGAAUUUAUUAUAAGAAAACUAGUAUUAAAAUACAUAUGCAAUCCGAAUUCUAUUAUUCUGGCUGUUAUAACGGCAAACACGGAUAUGGCAACAAGUGAAAGUCUACAAAUGGCUAGAGAAUGCGAUCCGGAAGGUACUAGAACGGUUGCUGUAGUUACAAAACUUGAUUUAAUGGAUUCUGGUACCGAUGCGAGUGAUAUAUUAUCGGGUAAAAUAAUUCCGGUUCGAUUAGGAAUAAUAGGUGUCGUUAAUAGAUCUCAAAAAGACACGAUUCAAAACAAACCCAUAAGCAAUUCUAUUGAAGAUGAGAGUGCUUUUCUUCAAAAACAUUAUCCGAACAUUUAUCAGAGACACGGUAGUCCUUAUUUAGCCAAAACAUUAAAUAAAAUAUUAAUUCAACAUAUAAGAAAAUGCUUACCUGAUUUAAAGCAAAGAAUAGCCGCAAUAAAAGGUGAAACCGUUGCUUCUUUAGGACAAUAUGGCGAAGAUGUUAUUGAUAAGAGCAAAACUUUGCUUCAAGUCAUCACAAAAUUUUGUACCGCAUAUUGUGCAUCACUCGAAGGAACUUCCAGAGAAAUUGAAACGACCGAACUUAGUGGCGGUGCAAGGAUUUGUUACAUAUUUCAUGAAACUUUUGGUAAAACUCUAGAACAAAUUCAACCAUUGAUAGGAUUAUCUAAAUUUGAUAUUUUAACAGCAACAAGAAACGCAUCAGGAACAAGACCUCCUUUAUUUGUACCUGAAGUUUGCUUUGAAAUAUUAGUUAAGAAACAAAUUUCAAAAUUAUUAGAACCUAGUUUAAAAUGUGUAGAAUUAAUUCAUGAAGAAAUGCAACAAAUUCUACAACAUUCAGGUGAAAAAAUUCAUCAAGAAAUGUUAAGAUUUCCAAAACUUUUUGAAAAAAUUCUAAUCAUAGGCUCUGAUAUAAUUAAAAAGAGAAUUCCUCAAACUCGUAACAUGGUAGAAAAUUUAAUAAAUUUAGAAUUAGCAUAUAUAAAUACAAUGCAUCCAGAAUUUAAAACAGGUAUAGAUUUGGAGUACAUGAUUAAUUCUGAUCAUCUAGACAAUCAAAUAAAUCAAGGCACUUGCAUAUCAGAAACAUGUUUUAAACCACACUCAUCUCCUAGGGGUUGGUUUAAUUCCUUCCUACCAAAUAAUAAUGAUUUCAAUGAAAUAUGUAAAAAGAAUAACAUAAAUAUAUAUAAUGUGAUGGCACAAAGUGAAUACAAUAAAAAUUUCACAUCGACGAUACAAUUUAAAAAUCAAUUAACGUUAAGUAAAAUAAAUUCUUCAUGCCAAGGAUCAUCCAUACAAUCAUUGCCUCCUGCAAAACAAUUGACAGAAAGAGAUGAGAGAGAAUGUAAAAUAAUUAAAAAAUUAGUCAAAAAUUAUUUCAACAUUGUUAGAAAAUCAAUACAGGAUUUAGUACCUAAAGCGAUAAUGCAUUGUUUAGUUAAUUUCGUUAAGGAAAAUAUUCAAAGAGAACUCGUUGAAGUUUUAUAUAAAUCAGAACGUGAUGAAAAUCUAUUACAAGAACCAGAAAAUAUAUCCAUGUUUAGAGACCAGCAAAAAUUUAUGUUAAAAUCAUUGGAUGACGCUGAAGAAAUAAUUAAUGACAUAAGAGAUAUUUUACUUUAA